UAAAGAAAGAAUAAGAGAGAGACCCACACAACGUUGUUAAACAAGAUAAGAAAGCAUGGUUUAGAAGAGUUGAUGAACAUAGUUCUUAAGCCUUCAUUGUUUUUUUAAAUUAAAACUAUUGUUUUCUUAGAAAAUGGGAAACUGGUUUCCUUGCACGACACACACAUACAUACCCAUCGAACUAUAGUUUUUGACGUCUUCUUUGCAAAACCCAAUUAUCACAUUAUGCUUCUUUCUUUGUUUUCCUUAUUCUUUUCACUCCAAUGACUACUUGCAUUUCCUUAUUAUUAUUAGCUUCAUCAUAUAAUAAUCCACACCAAGUCAUCUUCAAACAACAAACUUGACCAACAAUGGGGAAUUAUCUCACUCACUAUUCCUGCCCUAGAGUUCUCUCAAAGAAAAGAAAGUCUUUGCCUAUCGAAACUAUCUUCAAGCUUCCUUCUUCAGCACCCUCUUGGCCUCAAGUUACAGGCGAAGGUUUUGCUAAAGGAACCAUUGAUUUAGGAGAGGUUGAAGUUUGUCAAAUAUCAACAUUCAACAAAGUUUGGUCAACUCAUGAGGGAGGACCAGACAACCUCGGCGCCACCUUCUUUGAGCCCUCGCUCGUACCCGAAGGGUUCCACAUGUUAGGCUCUUACAGCCAGCCCAACAACAAGCCACUCUUCGGAUGGACACUGGCUGCCAAAGACAUCACCAAUGGCUCAGCUCUUACCGAACCCAUUGACUACACACUGGUUUGGAGCAGUGAGUCUCUCAAAAUCAAGCAAGAUGGUAAUGGUUACCUUUGGUUGCCAACUCCUCCCGAUGGUUACAAAGCCACCGGUCUUGUAGUGACUGCUUCUCCGAACAAACCCUCUGUAGACAAGGCCAGGUGCGUCCGUUCGGACCUCACUGAGCCCUGCGAGAACGAAGCUUGGCUAUGGGGAAACGAUGAGUUUGAUGUCCAUAGUCUUCGGCCCACAAACCGUGGAACGCAAGCUCUUGGCGUUAGAGUUGGCACGUUCGUUGCUCGACCCGGCGGCAACAACACACAAGUUUCUUCUUCGUUAGCCUGUUUGAAGAACGUUAGUCCGAACACGUACUCAUCUAUGCCUAAUCCUACGCAAAUCGAUGCCUUGUGUGGAGCUUACUCUCCUCUUCUCUAUUUUCAUCCAAACGAAAAGUACCUCCCUUCUUCUGUAAACUGGUAUUUUGAGAAUGGAGCACUUUUAUACCAAAAAGGAGAAGAGUCCAAACCCGUUGGGAUAGAACCUAAUGGUGCAAACCUCCCACAAGGUGGCGCAAACGAUGGGUUGUAUUGGUUGGACUUACCGGUGGACCAAAAUGCCAAAGAGAAAGUAAAAAAAGGUGAUUUGAGCAGUGCCCAAGUUUACUUACACGCCAAGCCAAUGCUGGGGUCAACAUUCACCGAUUUAGCUAUUUGGGUUUUCUACCCAUUUAAUGGUCCAGCCACAGCUAAGGUGGGACCUCUGAAAAUCUCAUUGGGGAAAAUUGGCGAGCACAUAGGGGACUGGGAGCACUUGACUCUGAGAGUUAGCAAUUUCAGUGGAGAGCUAUGGAUGCUCUACUUCUCGGAGCACAGUAAAGGCCAAUGGGUCGAAGCCUCGGAGCUUGAAUUCGCCGGCGGCGGCGGCAACAAGCCGGUGGCCUAUGCGUCCCUUAACGGCCACGCACUGUACCCGAAACCGGGUACGGUUCUACAAGGCGGAGGAAAUAUUGGAAUAAGGAAUGAUACUGCCAAGAGCAAAAUUGUUAUGGAUACGGGGAAGGGUUUUUCGCUGGUGGCAGGGGAUUAUUUAGGGUCGACAAUUACAGAGCCGCCAUGGCUGAACUUCUUGAGGAAAUGGGGUCCGAAAAUUGAUUACGACACAGCUGAGGAGUUCAGGAAGAUUGAGAAGGUCUUGAUUGGGAAGCUCAGGUCAGCUUUUAGGAAAUUCGUUAAUGGUUUGCCCAAUGAGAUAUAUGGGGAGGAAGGGCCCACUGGGCCCAAAGUGAAGCCCAAUUGGAGUGAAGACGAAGCAAUCUAAGAAAUGGAUAAAUUCUCAUGACACUAUUAUAAUUAAAUAAACUAGUUGAUUAUUUUGUAUGAUAAAUGUGAAUUUAAUUAUUUGGUGUUGUAUGGUUACGUAUGUACAUGUGUUUAAAGAAUAAUAACAAAGGUCCUCCUACAACAAAACAAAAAGAAAAAGAAAAAGAAAAAAGAUAUUUGGGUUAGUUAAUGACUGUUUUUUUUAAGGAUAGUCAA